CGAGUAUUCCGCUUGUCAUAUUCGUUCUUAUAACGCAUUUCAUAUUAUACCAAAUAAUACAGAAUACAGUUAAACUUGUGAUGUUAUUAAAUUCUUUUGUGUACUUGCAUAAUAAAACUUAGAAAUUAUUUUUUGUGAAUUGUAAUUGAAUUAAAUUAAUAAAAAAAAUGAAUAUUACGUCGGCAGCGGGCGUUAUAUCGUUGUUGGACGAGCCAGCACCUGAAUUGAAAAUAAUUGCCCUGCGUAAGUUAGAUGCAAUUGUGGACGAAUUUUGGCCAGAAAUAUCUGAAGCAAUUCAAAAAAUCGAAUUCCUCCACGAAGAUAAGACGUUUUCACAACAAAGCCUAGCCGCUCUCGUUGCUAGCAAGGUAUAUUAUCAUCUUGGAUCAUUUGCCGACUCGCUGCAGUAUGCUCUUGGUGCCAGUGACUUGUUCGACGUCAAUGCCCGAAACGAGUAUGUGGAGACUAUCAUUGCCAAAUGUAUCGAUCACUACACUAAGCUGCGUGUUGAAGCUGCUGAGAACACGACUUUACCACCAGCAAUGGACAUACGUUUAGAGGCUAUUGUCAAUCGUAUGUUCCAAAGGUGUUUAGACGAUAAACAGUACAAGCAAGCUUUAGGUUUAGCUUUGGAGACGAGACGUAUGGAUGUAUUUGCUAAAUCUAUCGAAUCUUCUGACAAUGUCAAUGAAAUGCUGUCAUAUGCAUUUCAAGUGGCGAUGAGUACUAUUGAAAACCGUAGUUUUCGUAGCACAGUUUUACGUAGUUUAAUCAGUUUAUACCGAAAUCUAGAGGUACCAGAUUACGUUAACAUGAGUCAGUGUUUCAUAUUUUUGGAUGACCCGACAUCAGUUGCACAGCUCUUAGAAGGCCUAAUUCAAAACAACGAAGAAAAGAACUGCCUAAUGGCGUAUCAAAUAGCUUUUGAUUUAUACGAAUCGGCUACUCAACAGUUCUUGUCCAGUGUUCUUGAAUCAUUGCGACAAACAGCACCUAUCCCAUCAGCUACUCAUGUUAUUAAACCGAUUCCGGCUGCACAAAGUAAUGCAGACAAAGAAAACGUAACACCCCCAAUAGCCAUUGCAGUAGCUGAUGUUGGCACAUCAAAACCUGUUAUCGAAGAACGUACCUUUGAGUCUCUUGGACCAGAUGAUAAAUACAGACAAGAAGUUAUUCAGAAACUCACUAAAGUAUUAAGCGGAGAAGUGAGCAUAGAACUUCAUUUGCAGUUUUUGAUUAGAAGUAAUCACACAGAUAUGUUGAUUUUAAAAAACACCAAAGAAGCCAUUCGUGCUAGCGUCUGUCAUACAGCGACUGUAAUUGCUAAUGGUUUUAUGCACAGCGGUACAACGAGUGAUCAAUUUUUAAGAGAUAAUUUGGAAUGGUUAGCCAGGGCUACCAACUGGGCCAAACUCUCCGCCACAGCGUCUUUAGGUGUCAUUCAUAGAGGUCACGAAACCGAUGCCCUCGAAUUGAUGCGCAGUUAUUUACCUCCAAGGGAAAAUAAUUCUUCUGGAAGUUCAGGAUACAGUGAAGGAGGUGGUCUGUAUGCUCUAGGUUUGAUUCAUGCAAAUCACGGAUCGGCUAUCAAUGAUUAUUUACUCGGCCAACUUAAGGAAGCACAUAAUGAAAUUGUGAAACAUGGAGGAUGCCUAGGAAUCGGUUUAUCGGCCAUGGGAACUAGUCGGGAAGAUAUAUACGAACAACUGAAGUUUAACAUGUAUCAAGACGACGCCGUGACCGGCGAAGCUGCUGGCUUAGCCAUGGGGUUAGUUAUGUUGGGAUCGAAAAAUGGAGAAGCUCUCCAAGAUAUGGUGGCUUAUGCACAAGUUACUCAGCACGAGAAAAUUUUAAGAGGUUUAGCUGUGGGUAUAUCUUUUGUUAUGUAUGGAAGACUAGAAGAAGCCGAUCCACUAAUUACUUCCUUACUGCAAGACAAAGAUCCAAUUCUUCGUCGUUCCGCCAUGUACACAAUAUCGAUGGCCUAUUGUGGAACUGGAAGUAACACUGCAAUUAGGAAAUUACUUCAUGUAGCUGUCUCGGAUGUCAACGACGAUGUACGCCGUGCUGCUGUUACUGGUUUAGGAUUUUUACUAUUUAGAACACCAGAACAAUGUCCUCAAGUGGUGAGUUUGCUCGCCGAAAGUUACAACCCUCACGUCAGAUACGGGGCAGCUAUGGCUCUUGGUAUUGCUUGUGCUGGAACCGGACUCAAAGAAGCCAUUAAUUUGUUAGAACCGAUGACUAAUGACCCGGUAAAUUAUGUUCGCCAAGGUGCAUUGAUUGCUUCAGCGAUGAUACUUAUUCAACAAACGGAAAGCACUUGCCCCAAAGUAAAAGAUUUCCGUACACUAUAUGCUAAGGUUAUUACCGACAAACACGAAGAUGUCAUGGCUAAGUUUGGAGCUAUUUUAGCUCAAGGUAUUAUCGAUGGUGGCGGUCGUAAUGUUUCGAUUUCAUUGGAGUCAAGAACUGGCCAUACUAAUAUGUUGGCAGUUGUAGGUCUACUGUUGUUCACUCAAUACUGGUAUUGGUUCCCGUUGGCUCAUUGUUUGGCUUUGGCGUUCACGCCCACUUGUAUUAUUGCAUUAAAUUCUCAACUCAAAAUGCCUCUUUUGGAAAUUAAAAGCAACGCUAAACCAUCUCUGUUUGCCUACCCUGCCCCAAUGGAAGAGAAGAAACGCGAGGAAAGAGAAAAGGUCACUACAGCCGUGUUGAGUAUUGCGGCAAGAGCAAAACGUCGCGAGGGUGGUUCAAGCUCAAAAGUUUCUGAACCCUCGACUAGUGAAAAAAUGGAAGUGGAUGAGAAAGAGGCGUCAACGAGUAAAAAGAAGGAAGAUAAGAAAGAAGACCAGAAGCCAGAACCCAACUUCGAAAUCCUAAAUAACCCGGCUAGAGUAAUGAAACAACAAUUAAAACAUCUGCAACUAGCAGAAAACGCUUCGUAUGUCCCUUUGAAGGACGUUUCUAUUGGGGGUAUUAUUAUGACACGUUUUACCAAGAGCGGUGAAGACGAACAGCUAGUCGAACCUGUUGCGGCAUUUGGGCCUAAGCCUGAAGAUGAUAAAGAACCUGAAGCGCCUGAACCUUUUGAAUAUAACGAUGAUUGAUAGUAUAAUAUAAAAGUAAACUUGAACGUAUAAAUUUGUUAUAAAGUCUAUUCAUUGUACAUCCUUUUUUUUUUUUUUAUUUAGACAUUUAUAA